AUGGCAGCAGCAGCGACCAAACCAGAGUUCUCUUCUGAUAACUCUCCAGCCAUCUCCGUCAAAGGCAAAGAAGCCAUAAUUGACGCCAUGGAAGAUAUAGUCUUUGGCUCUAUCGCAGGUAUAGCGGGGAAAUACAUCGAAUACCCAUUCGACACCAUAAAAGUGCGCCUCCAAUCCCGCCCAGACGCCUACACCGGCCCCCUCGACUGUCUGCGCCAAUCCCUGCGCACCGCCCCGCUGCUCUCUCUAUACCGCGGCAUCAGCGCGCCUCUGCUCGGCGCUGCGCUCGAAACCUCAUCUCUGUUCUUCUGGGAGCGCGUCGGGCGAGAAACGCUUUUCUGGGGCGGGUUUUACGAGCGUGAGAAAGUGCUGCCACUGGGCGCCUUGUGGUGCACUGGUGCAAUUAGCGGUGCGUUUACGAGUCUGGUGUUGACGCCUGUGGAGCUCGUCAAGUGCCGCAUACAGGUUGAUGGGGAGGGGAGGAGGGGCAAGGGGAUCCGGGAUGUGGUGAGGGAGGUUUGGAGGAGUGAGGGCGUGAGGGGUUUUUGGAGGGGACAGUUGGGGACGUUGAUCAGGGAGACGGGCGGCUGUGCUGCUUGGUUCGGGAGUAAGGAAAGCAUGACGCUCCUCUUCCGCCAUCUCAACUCCACUCCAUCCCCCAAAUCUGCCACCUCAGCAAUCCAAUCCAAUCCACACGACCUCCCUCCCCUCCCCCUCUGGCAACAAGCCCUAGCAGGCGCCAGCGCAGGCAUGUCCUACAACUUCCUCUUCUUCCCUGCCGACACCAUCAAGAGCCGCAUGCAGACCGGCGGCAAACAAGCCUUCUGGGCCGAGGGCACAGCUAUCUGGAGACAAUACGGUCUCCGGGGUUUAUAUAGGGGCUGUGGCAUUACGGUCGCGAGAAGUGCGCCCAGUAGUGCCUUUAUUUUUAUCAUCUUCGAUGCGCUGAAAGCGAGGUUUCACGUUGGCCCGUAG